GUCCCGCUAACUACAUCGCCAUGAAAAUCGUUCUUCUUCUCGCCUUUGUGGCAGCUGCUAACGCGGCGUGGCUGUGUCCUAACGGCCACGUGGACUGUGAUCCUGACCAGUGCUGCGUUAGAUCCUUCAUCAUCAACACCUGCCAGGACAGGCCCGGCCUGUAUGACAGCUGUAACAACGACGCCCUGUCUAUCACCGGCUACUGCCCCUGUGCGGAAGGGCUGGCCUGUGCUGACUACGGCACCAGCUCCUUCACUGACUUCUUCAGCGGCGAUGGCUGGUGUGUGACGGCCCCCGUCGCGCCCGGCAGCGGGGAUGGGAUGUAAUCUGACCAAGCGUCUCCUCCGAUCCGCUCUGAGAAAAAAGGUCCUUCCAAUAAUGCUGAGGACUAAAUAAAGUUACGCGUCGUAUGCAUA